GUGGUGUAAAACACUAACAUUGUCAAAGCCCUGUCAAUAAUUAAAGUAUACAACUCUGAAGACAAAAAGAUUAAAACACCUUGCGUAUAGUGAGUGUAAAGUUUUUGUCUGUCUUCAUGUGUCCCAAGUGUCUGAUAGACUGACAGGGAGAGGCAGCACUGUCAUCCUGUUUACUUGCAUUCCCUGGCAUGCGUCGCUGUGUUCUAAAUGCUGUGAGUAGGGUGUGUGUGCUUAAUUUGAGACCAGCCAUCAGACUGGGAGUACAAACUGCACUGUACUAUGUGUGGCUGCAGAAUUGCCUGGACUUGACCUUCCUUUUGUGUCUGUGUCUGUAAGCUAAGGUAGCUCUUCAUUUUUUCAGGAAUACAGUAUGUCUUUUCAUACGGCUCUCUACCAGAACAAGUUGCUGUGCAUCGGCGUGAACAACCAGACCUAUAUCUGUGAUUCGGGGCAUUGCUGUGGAGAGUCUCAGUGCUGCAGCUACUACCAUGAGCUGUGGUGGUUCUGGCUGGUCUGGACUGUCAUCAUCAUCCUGAGCUGCUGCUGUGUGUGCCACCAUCGUCGCACCAAACAUCGCCUGCAACAGCAGCAGCGACAGCAUGAGAUCAACCUCAUUGCCUACAGAGAGGUUCACAACUACACCUCACUGCCCUUCUACUUCAGGUUUCUGCCCAGCUACCUCUUACCUGCAUAUGAGGAGGUGGAGAACAGACCCCCGACUCCUCCUCCUCCAUACAGUGCCUCUCAACCAGGUCAAAGCACAGAUUCGGUCAGCCCUGAGCAAAAUGAUGAGCUGUGUCCAUCGCUACAGACAGGUCCUACAGCCUCUGCAUCGGAGAGCAACUCCACUGUGCACUGCAUUGAUGAGACCAAUCGGCCUCCUGCUCAUCGGCCAGCAGGUGACGCGCACAAACCCUACCUGAACUUUGAGGAGGAUAGCCAGCAGCAGCAGGUUGCAUCGGCCACUUUACCCGAGAUAAUUAAGAACGGCAAAGAGUCCUCAAACUCUCGGGAUCAGGGGCUUGAUUUUUGUCCCGAGAGCAAGGAAAAGACAUUGGGGCGCCAUAGACGCUUUACCGGAGACUCAGGAAUCGAGGUGUGCGUAUGCAGCCGUGGGCCAGAUGAAGGAGAGGAUGAGGAAGGGGAUGAGAUGAAGGAACUUGAGGGACUUCUGGACAGCGAGGAGUUGCAGAAGCAGGACUUCUGUGAUAGUUGUAACCCACAUAAUGAUGGCCUUCAAGGGCCAUGUGAUGAGGAGCAGGGCUUUACUUGCCCAGAGAGGAGCCCUGAGCACAGGGAGCCUCCCCUCCAGCGCCUCCCUAUCAGCCUUCAGUUACACACCAUCAACGAACAGGAAGCUCCUCAGCAUGACAACAGUGCAGAUCCCCAAAUCUAAGCACCACCACAUACUAAAGUGACUCUCUGUGGUUUGCGAUCUCCCUUUACUUUCUCUAUGUACUGUUGCUUUUUACUGUCUGUGUGUACGUGUGUGUUGGAAGUGUGAAUGUUAUGCAGUGUUGUUCGAAUCGUCUCAGAAUCCAGCCAAGACUUUUUCAAACUCAGGCUGUGGUCAAGGACACUGCAGAAAAGAAACGUAUUCAUUUGUUGGCUUAUAACCUUUGCUUACCACUCUAAACACGGUGUAGGUAAUGUUAUUACUUAAUAGACACUUAAUAAACCCAACGGGGGGUCAUUGCUCGUGGUCAACAAACAAGGGGUUUCAAAGGCUUAUGCCAAUAUUUAAAUAAUAAGUGAUUCAGGUGCUGCUGUUCAAAGCUGACGUUGUUUGUUUGUUUAGGGAAAUUUAGUAUAAAUGUUAAACUGGAAUUAAUUUAUUUAAACCCCAAAUACACAGAUUUUUUGGUGUUCAGUUUGUUAUUCCCCCUUUAGGUUUUCAUAAAGUUAGACAAAGCCAAUACCACAGUUUUCACAAAUGACUAGGGAAACUGGCUGCUAGGUGUAUACACAAGAUGUUUGUUUGUUUAUUUGGUUGGUUGUUGUUUUUUCAAAUCUUCCCCAAUAUAUCAGUCUAACACUGUCAAUGGUACAAUGCUUUAUUAAUUGUUCACUCUGUUUUUUUUCACUGGAACUAAGAGGACCGAACCUGUUUCUUCAUGACAAUGCCCUUGUACACAAUGCGCAAGGUCCAUAGUUUGCCAAGAACAGUGUGGAAGAACUCGAGUGACCUACACAGAGCCCUGACCUCAACCCUACUGAACACCUGACUGUGCAUCAGUUUUUCUCACUUGACAUUAGCGCCUGGCCUCACAGGUGCUCUUGUGGCUGAAUGUAUUGGCACCCAAGAUCUAGUGGAAUGCCUUCCUAGAAGAGUGGAGGUUUUUAUAACAGCAAAAGCGGGGGGCCAACUAUGCGUUAAUGCCUAUGGGUGGUCAGAUGUCCGCAUUCUUUUGGCCAUGUAGUGUAUAUUCAACUAAUAUCUGAUCUACAUAGUGAACAGUCUUAACUGGAUUUACAAAUAACAAAUCUGAUAUUUGAAUAUGAAUAUUUAGCCAUGCUACUCUACUCAAAGGCACAAGAUUAUGCACUGCAUGAAUGCAAGAAAAGAGGAAAUGUGAGGACUGUCUCUGCAGCUCACACAAUACUUAAGCAGUCUUCCAGACUGCAUAAAUACUGUGUAACCUCCAUCAGUUCCUGUCAGAUAAAGUAUAUUUUUUUCUCCCCUCUUAAUACACUGUCAGAGGUUAGACAUACUGUAACAGUGCCCCGGUGGCCUGGUAAAGCUUCCUGCUUUCUGGAUUGAUUUAGUUGGUAUAUGUGCUCUUAAUGUGGCUGGCCUUAUGUUUCUUUUUUUUUGUGCGCAUAUGUGUACUCAGCUUUAUCACUUUUUCUUUUCUUUUAUUUUUUUAAAUAAUACAUUGUCAAGAAUCUGAAUUUAUCACAUUGUAUUCAGUAAGUGAGCAAUAGAGACUGGCAAUAAUUAAGCAGAGCAGUUCAAAUAAAUAUUGCCUAUGUUGUGUAAUAUUUUCUGCUAACAUGGUUUGCAUACUUUGCUGCCUUUGUUGUUUUCUCAUUUGCUUAAUUGAAUAUUUCAGUAGGAUUCUUCUAUAAAUCUGAAUUUAAGGCCAGUGUGGGAUAACAGAGCUUCAUAUACAAGAUUUAGUCGUGAACUAGUGUGUAUCAGACGUUGAUUGCUGUAACCUUCUUAUCAAAACUGUUUUCUCUGCUGAAUUGUUGACUUGAUUAAGGAGUAAAUCUAGUUUCUUUUCCUCUGUACCCCAGUUUCUAGCCCUGAAAUGAUACUGAUUCAUUAAUAUAUUGCAAACCUUUUUUCACUUUGACAGUGUAAAGGUGCUAUAAACAGCAGUUUGUGCUGAUCGCAGAAGAGGUUAUACAGUGUCUUUCUUUAUAUGGAACAUGCUCAAGUAGGGUAACUUUUGGCUUUGAAUCCCCGAACCUCACUGACCAUUCUGUAGUCAUAUCCUUUUACUUUACUGUACAGUUUUUCCUUUUU